AUGCGCAAGCAAGCAAGACCUGUCCGAAACCCUCUCUCCGGGCCCGGCAACGGCCAGACGAGCGGGCAGCAUCCGCCGCGAUCUCCCGCUGUUCCUCCGCGAUCUCCCGCUGUCCCCCCGCGAUCUCCCGCUGUCCUACCGCGGAACGGCGCUUCUGGCAUGCGGCUGGAAAGUCAAGGCACCUCUUCAGACACGUACAUGUACACGUACAAAGAAGCCGAGACAGUGUAUCAUACAAUAAAGGAUGAGGAUCUGCCGCCGUCUUUAGUUAGCACGAGGCGGCAGGCGGGGGUGGAAAGCGAGGGGCCGCCGUCGCAAUCACCUGCCGGCCACCAGCCUGGUUUCAACGGCCAUGCCCGCCAUGGCGACGGCGCAUCCGGCAAUCUCCAAGACCAGGACGGUGACGAAGAAACCGAAGCGAAAAAAGGUAAAACAGGUGUCCGCUUUGGUGUCUGUGGCUUCAUCCGCUCCCACCACAUCAGCCUGGCCGCCGGUAUCGCCGUGCUGCUGAGUCUUGUUGCUGUAGGACUCGCCCCUUUGGCGUUGCUCAACAAAGAGGAAAUGUCUCAAAUCUCGAUCACUAUUGGCGCUUUAAAGCGUGACCUGGACAACAGAACUGCUCUUUUGGAGAAACGUCUUAACGAGAUAAUAACAGCUAUGGAUGAUCGUGGACCUGUCGGGCCCAGUGAAAAGAAACCCAUUGGCUCAGCUUGUCUUGGUUGUGUUGGGCCCCCUGGUCCUCCUGGAACUGCCGGGCCUUCUGGGCCUCCCGGAGAGAGGGGACCAGUGGGUCAGCCGGGACCUGGAUCUGUUGGGCUUCCUGGGCCUUCCGGAGAAAGGGGUUCCGUCGGGCCUCCCGGGCCACCCGGGGAAAGGGGUCCCAUUGGCCCAGAGGGACCUGGAUCUGUUGGACCACCUGGGCCUUCCGGAGAGAGGGGUCCCGUGGGGCCUCCUGGGCCACCCGGAGAAAGGGGUCCCAUUGGCAAAGAGGGACCUGGAUCUGUCGGGCCACCUGGGCCUUCCGGAGAGAGGGGUCCCGUGGGGCCUCCUGGGCCACCCGGAGAAAGGGGUCCCAUUGGUCCAGAGGGACCUCGAUCUGUCGGACCGCCUGGGCCUCCCGGAGAAAGGGGUCCCGUGGGGCCUCCUGGGCCUGACGGGGAAAGGGGUCCCGUAGGGCCUCCAGGGCCACCAGGAGAAAGGGGUCCCACUGGCCCAUUGGGACCUGGAUUUGUGGGACCACCUGGGCCUCCCGGAGAAAGGGGUCCCAUGGGUCUGCCGGCACCUGGGUUUGUCGGGCAUCCUCGCUCUAAGUCGCCGCCGCCAGCUGGGUCCAUCGGUCCGCCUAGCCUUCCCAGAAGCGCAGUGCACUCUGCCGGAAAAGCUGAAACACUCCAAGAGGGCACGGUGAAUGCAGGUACUUGUAAAAAUCUGUAAGGCCUCAGUAAGAAAGUUUUAUGGAUGACAUAGGCGCGUGAAUUAAUUUUCGCCUGAGGACACAGACUUAAUUGUAUGAAUGGCAUAUUCUGAAUACUCCAAAACUAGUGCGCGCGGGCAAAUAAAAAAGAAUUCCGGCCAAAAAUAAAAAUGCAACUAA